GCAGCGCUGUAGCCACACUCUGUGCCACACAGUAACAAGUCAUUGUUGUAAACCUUUAUGAACAUGGUACUUCUCUAGUCCCGGACUCCGCUGCCUCCACCAAGCCCCUGUUAUGGGCCUUUAUAUCUUUAACCACACUUGAUGCCAUCACAGCAGGCCAAAUACAAGUCCCACAGGCUGGAGUCUGGUCCGUCUGGAAGAUGGGGAAUAUAAUACGAGGCGAGAGCACCAGGGACAAGGUCACAACAGACAGCUCUUUAAAAGGUCUGGAAGACGACAUGGUGGUGGUGCUCCAGGAUUACCCGGCUCCUGAAAUCAGCGAACCCAUCUACAGGAUGGGGGAGAAGCUCAGACUCAUAGCUCAGGAGGCUUACUGGUGGAGAGUACGCUCUGUCCAAACACAAAGUGAGAACUACAUACCCAACAGCCAUGUGGCAAAAGUGUACCAUGGUUGGUUGUUUGAGGGGGUGGAGAGGACGAAGGCCGAAGAGCUGCUCAGUCUACCUGUGAACAGAGUGGGCUCCUUCCUGGUGCGGGAGAGUGCCAGGGAGAGAGGUCUGUAUUCGCUCUCAGUGAAGCACAGGAACGUAAAGCACUAUCGCAUCUCCAGACUGGACAACAGCUGGUACUACAUCUCCCCUCGCCUCACUUUCCAGUGCCUAGAAGAUAUGAUCAACCACUACUGUGACUUUGCAGAUGGCCUGUGUUGUGCGUUAACCUCCCCCUGUCUGUCGGGCACAACGCCACCAUCAGAUGCAGCUCCUGGAGCUCCACCUGUAGUCAUGCGACGCAACUUUGACUGGAAGAAAAUAGACAGGAGACAGCUGGUCAGCACAGACAGCUGCAGUGACAACACCGUGAGCUAUGGAGUCAGGAACAGCAUUGCCACCUACCUGUCCCUUUCUGAGAAUCAAAACCCUGCAAAGAUGAGAGCAGAGAGCAGGAAGAAAAAGAGUAAAUCUGUCUAUACUAUCCCGGAAAACGGCCUUGGAAACAUUGACUAUGAUGACUUCUAGAGAAAGCAGCGAGGUUCAAAAGACUGGAAUACCUUCAAGUGGAAGGCAGUUAGAGGGCAUCCUUCUCGAGCAGUGUGCUGCACCGAACCAACAUUUGUGUUAAGCGUCCCAAACAUCGAAGUGUGUUAUAGUUUCUAAUGUGAGCACUUUGAAGUACUUUAACAAUAACGCAAAUUGCAUGACCACUUACACUCUGACUCAGCUAAAAAGACGGAUCUGAGUUGAACUGGACGAUGGUGCAAUUGAACUGUGAUGUGAAUUCUGCGCGUGUGAGAAAUACAGCCUGGCAUCAAGAUAGCAAAAAGGAGACUGCUAAGGGUUAUUGUUUGGUGAUAUUCAUGUGUAUAAGAGUAUUAGUUUUUUUUGUGGACACUUUGACACAUUGUCACCUUAUGUGAAAAAUGUGUUUUCAAAAAAUGUGUUUGCAAACAGCGGUUUGUCGCUACUAGCAACCACUUUCACGUUAAACAUAGUCAUUUGAUCCAUCCAAGAGAAGUUUUAAGUCUAAAAUAUUUGGUGUCUCUGAAUCUGAAGCAAUGAUCAUGAUAUUACUCAUCUUACAAUGUACCAUGUCAGUCAUUGCUCGGGAAGCAUUAGGGAACCGCUUGUGUUUGUUGAACAGAAUCCAGGGAUAAAAGCUUCAGUGAUUACGAUGGGCAAAAGCUCAGAGAGGUUUUAAAUUCAAAUUUCCUCAUCAAACUGUUGAUAUUUGUUGAACUUCCUCUGUCCAGCUGUGUCUAUUAUUGCCAGUGUGACGUCUCCCUAAUUUCACAUGGUCGACAUAUGACAGCCUGACUGAACAACUGCUAUUUGAUCAAAUAAUAAAGAAAGCAAAUCUAAAAGAAUUAUGAACGCAAACAAUAAAGGAUUAUUUAAUAGUU